AUGGCGACGAGACGGUUAUCGUGCUUACUUGCCAUUCUAGUCUUCACCAGCAUCUCCAGAACGUCGUCGCAGCAGAUCCCACCGUCGUGCACUUCUCUCGCAAAGCUCUACGUCGCCAGCACGGGCAGCGACAUCGGCUGUUGCGACUCCACCACCGCUCCCUGUGCCACCCUGCAAGCAGCGGUCGCCAGGGCGGCACCUUCCGCCACUAUCACCCUCCUCCCGCCCCCCGCCGGCUCUUCCCCAUCCGCAAUCAAAUCUUCGCCGACCAAAUCCGCCGUUCAGCUGGGCGGCAAAUCUCUCACCAUCACCGGCGCGCCUCCCGCGUCCACCCCCGCGUCCCCCGCUGCAAUCACGCUCGACUGCGGUGGCGGCCCGUGUUUGAACGCCACGUGUGCUGGCGCGGGGUGCGGCGCGGGGAGCAAGGUGGUGCUGACGUUGGCGCUGUUCACGCUGACCAAUGGCGUGUCGGCCGAUUCGGGAGGAUGCGUGGAUGUGCGAGGGCAGGGCCUGGUUAUUAACAACGUGGCGUUCUCCCGCUGCUCCGCUACCAACCUGGGAGGCGCAGUGGCAGUGCAGGGCGCGGGCGCGUCGCUCACAGUCUCCUCCGCCUCCUUCUCCGCGUGCUCCGCGCCCGGGUCCGACCUCACCUACAUGUACAACUCGGGGGGCGGCGCUAUCAGCGUCACUGGGCCCGAGGGGGGGGCGGUUGCACCUGGGGGAGGCGCGGCUGGGGGAGGCGUGCGCGCGAAGCUGUCCGGGGUGACUGCGACGGGGUGCAGUUCGGAGAACGGGGCGGGAGGCGCGCUGCUGUUUAGGAAUGUGAAGGUGGAGGUGGACGGAGGGGAGUUUUCGGGGUGCCAGGGGUACUUUGGCGGGGCGAUUGCAACCAUGUACUCGAGUGUGUCCAUUGAUGGGGUGACUGUCAGCAAUGGACUGGCUGUCCUUGGAGGGGCCAUUGCGGACGAGGGCUCCUCCACCUAUGCACUCUCCUCCUCCUCGUUCACCUCCUGCUCCUCCAAUGGCACGCUGCCAGCUGGCGUGUACGCGGCAGGCUACGGCUUCGGGGGGUGUAUGGCGCUGAACGCCACGCAGACGGUUUCAGUCACAUCCGUUAAUGCCACCAAGUGUGUCACGGAUUACGAGGGAGGAGGCGCGUGGGUGUACGCAACCACUCAGGCGACUCUCACCAAGUGCAGCUUCUCUGACGGCUACGCAACAUACCUGGGAGGCGGCAUAUCCGCCACGGGUGGCAUCCUCCUGAUCUCAGACUCCACCUUCGCCCGCAACGUCAUGGACUACGUCUCCAGCGCGCCCUCGGGCGCCGGCCUAUCGCUGAGCGCCACGUCAGCGCGCGUGGAGCGCACCGUGUUUGAGGAUAACGUGGGGAUCACGAUGGGGGAUGCAGCGACCGUGGAUGGGUAUGGCGGCGGAGUGUACGUGGGCCAGGAUGGGGAGUCGGCGAAUACCACACAGGAGUUCAUCUCCUGCACCUUCUCUGGUAACCUGGCGAAGGGAGGCGCGGGGUUCUACCAGUACGGAGGACUCGCCAAGUUCACAAAUACUGUGUUUCGAGACAAUGGGGGCGGCGAGCUGGGCGGAGCAAUGAUCGCGCUGACGACAGCGGAGGUGCAGAACUGCACGUUUGAGCGCAACAGUGCAUCGGGGUCGGGAGGAGCCAUCUACAGCGAGGGCACGGGGUACCUGCGCAUCGCUGAUUCCACUUUCACUGCCAACUCCGUGCAGCUCAAGGACGGCGGUGCUCUCUAUGUCAUUGCCGCGGACAGCAACGUGACAGUGCAGGGAAGCACGUUCACGGGCAACAGAGCCAACAGCUCGCGAGGAGCUGCCAUCUUCAGCGGAGGGUCGCUGCUGCAAGUAGAGGACUCUCUGUUUGAGAAUAACUGGUCCUACCUCAAGGGCGGCGCUGUCACAGUUGAAGGCUCUCGAGGUGCAGAAGCCACCACCCUGGGGCGAUUCUCAAACACCACCUUCACCAGAAACACCUCCCCCGUCGGGGGAGGCGCGUUCCUGUGCAGCCUCAACUGCACCGCCGAUCUCACCAACUGCACCUUCUCCGAAAACAACAGCACCGCUGCCGGCGCCCUGCUCGCCCAGGAAACCUCCUCCCUCACCCUCCGCUCCUCCUCCUGCCAGGGCAACGCCGCUGACGCAGCCGGCGGAUGCCUAUUGGUCACGGAUUUCGCGACUAUUACCGCGGAUGGGAGCAGGUUUACGGGGAAUAGGGCGGGGAGUGGAGGCGGGGUGGGGAAGGUGUCUGGGUCUGGAAGGCUGGUGAUGACCCGGUGUGAGGUGGAGGCCAAUGGGAGCCCGACAGGUGGCGCGCUCUGGGUGGAGAUGGAGGGUGUGGUGGAGGAUACGCGGAGCAGCUUCACGGGUAACAAGGCGAGUUUCGAAGGAGGGGCGGUUUUUGCCACGCACAGCGCGACUGUGACACUGCUCUCGUCGCAAUUCGGGUCGAAUUCCGCGCUGAGAGGCGGCGCUAUGGUUCUAGAUACAGAUGCAACUCUCACCUCCACCUCCUCCUCUUUCCUGAAUAAUUCUGCUUCAGCUGUUCUUAUAAGGGGGAGCUCUCAGGCUACUGUCACUCAGGCACUUUUUUCGGGCAAUUCUGCCCCCCAGGGCACCGGAGGGGCCAUCUGGGCAGCUGCAGAAACGUCUCUCACCGUCCGAUCGUGCAAUCUGACGGGCAACACGGCUGUCACGGGCGGCGGAAUCUUUUCGGAAGGUUCUGCGCAGGUGACCCUGGAUGCGUCGCGAUUCGAGGGGAACAACGCGGUUACCGGCGCGGCGCUUGCCGUUGCGGGCAGCUCGAAAAUUUCCGCGGGGAACCUGACGCUGGUGGGGAACAGCGCGAGCAGUGCGGGUGGGGCAGCGGCGUUUUUGGACCAAUCAAACGGGUUAUUUAAGGCGGCGUGGAUGACUGGAAACAAAGCGGUGGUGGGCGGUGCAGGGGUUUACGUGAAGAGAGCAGAGACCCUCGGGAUUACCUCCUCUGGAGCGGCAGCUGCUGGUAAUUCCACUGGUGGCGCUGCUGCUAAACCACCGUCAGCUGCUGCCGCUGCUGUGAAUGAUGCGGGUAGUGCAGGUGCUGCAACGAGCGGCACAAACAGCAGCAGCAGCAGCAGCAGCAUGGGCGUGGGAAAGGCUGAGCUCGCUCCGCUGGUGUGCUCCAACCUGACCUUCAGUGAAAACGGCGCCCUGUACCCUCAGGGAGUGGCCUUCUACGAAGCUUCCUACAACCCCGCAGUGCGCAUCGGGUGUGAGGAGUGCGUGCAGGAACAGGAGAGCCAGACCAUUGGCAGCAUCCCCAGGAACUUCUACUUCACGUUUGCGGGCAUGGACGAGGGCACCAACAACCUCGGCACCGUGCCGUCCUUUGUGGCGCUCACGGCUGUGGGGACGCCCAUUGCAGGGCUGACUGUGGUCAUUGUGGAUGACUACAACAACACUGUCGUUCAGGACAACUCGUCCUUCGUGGCGAUCUCUCCCGAUCGCCGCAUAUCCGGGUUGCUGCGAGCAACAGCGGUGCAGGGAAUGGCCGAGCUGCCCGAGGUGUCCGUCAUGGUCACUCCCGACCAGGCCACGCCCUUCCGCCUCCUCGUCACCGUCUCCAGCCCCACUAAUGACUGGUGCGAGGCAGGCCAGCCUUCCACUCCCUGCGACGACGGCAGCUUCACGUUCUACCCGUACUCCACUAGCGCCGACGAAUGCGUCGCGUGCGAUGAUGACAACCUGGAUUGCACGGGCGGUGAACUGACGAUUGCGACGCAGGCGUGGCUGGAUCCGAGAACGUAUAAUGACACCCCGACGACGUACAGUUGUAUUAUUACAAAUGGGUGUGUGGAGCACCUGUAUGAGUACAACCUCACCACCGACACCGCCGAUGUCAAUAUCUGCCCCGCCGGCUACGACCCCUCCUCUCCCAUGUGCUGUCUGUGCGCCAGCAAUUAUUACUCCUUCCUCGGGGAUUGUAACUACUGCAGCGAUGUCUUCAAAAAGAUCUUCCCGCUGCUCUUCAUCCUCAUGGUUGCGGUGUGGGUGGCCAUGUUCCUGCUCGCCAACAACUAUGACAAUAUCGACAUCUUCCUCACCGAGGUGCAAUACCUCACAGUAGUGGCCUCCAUUAACCUGAACGCACCUGCAGCGCCCAACGGCUGGGUGGGGUGGCUCAUCAAGAUCUACAACCUCUCUGUCUUCGACCCCGACGUGGUGGGACCCAACUGUGUGCUGACCUACCGCUUCCCGCAACAGUUUGUCUUCGGAAUCCUCAUCUUCCUCGUCGGCCUCGUCGUCUACGCGCUGCACUGGUGCCUCUUCCUGCUGCGCGAGCGCAUCAAGCUGCUCAAAGUGAAGCGGGCAGUUGAGAACGGCGAGACGAGCGGCGUGGGGCAGCUGAGCAGCACGGCGGCGAAGCAGCGGCGGCAGGAGUAUUACAACCAGCUGGUCGGUGGUGUUGCCAGCUGGCUGGACGUUUGUUACAUGGGUAUCCUCGCGCGCGUGCUGCCCGUCUUCCAGAGCCAGAUGGUUGGGGACACCCAGGUCAUGCUGUUCGCCCCGGAGAUCGAGUGGCUAUCCUCGACGCACGUGGGCAUGCUCAUCCCCUCUAUAAUCAUCCUCGUUGUCUACCUCGCGGGCGUGCCGCUGCUCUACGCAUGGCUGCUCUUCUCAGCCAAGUGGAAUCGCACGCUCUUCACCGCCGAGUUUGACGACAAAUACGCCUUUCUCACCGAGCGCUUUGAUCGUAAAUUCUACUGGUGGCACCUGCUCAACAUGUCUCUCCGAGUGCUGUACGGCUGCAUCCUCGUGUUCCUCUACGAGAACGCCGAGGCGCAGAUCAUCAUCAUCGUCGUCCUCCAGAUCCUGCGCAUCGUCGUCGAGUACCGCUUUGCACCGUUCACCUCCUCCUCUGUGGAGUACCUGCAAGCGACGCUCAACCUCGGCGAGGUGUUUUUCACGCUCUCGCUGCUCAUCUUCAACUACACGGCCGAGUCCAUCCUCUCAGAAGCCAUCAUGGCCAUCAGCACCAUCCUCAUGCUGCUGCCCGCGGUCGUGGCCAUCACCUACGAGGUGUCGAGCAAGCGAAUGGAGGCGUUUAACAACGGGGUGUUGGAUGAGAUCUGGGAGCAGGAGAGCGGGAAGAGGGAGGACCAGCUGAGAGGGCUCGACCCCUACCAAAUCGUGCAGCUUACGCAGAUCGGAGCCUGGUUCCGUCCGCGCGCUCUCUUCCAGUUCCUGCAUAACCGUCAGGGCAUUGACCUGCUGCUGAGGGUGCGGGACCGUGUGCAAGCCUGCUCUCUGGCUGGCCUCGGGGAGGUCGAGUGGAUCGAGCAGCUGAAAAAACCCCAGCAGUAUGCAGGCCUGUCGCAGAUUCUCCUCGGGAACAAAAAGGGUUACAUCCCCAUCGCGCGGUUACCGCCUCAGGGAGUGUACUGUCUGCUGCAUGGGGUGUGGCAUGCGGACGGGGCCUGCACGGCUGCCCAGGCUGCGGCGGCGGCUCGGCGCCGAACCAACCGCCGGACCAAGUCGCGGAGCAGCCGGGUUUCGUUCGGGGGGUUGGGAGAGGGAGGGCCGGAGACGCCGGGAAGUGGGCUGCGGAGGAUGCCGAAGAAGCGGCUGCUCAGGCAAUUGUCGGAUAACGACGAUAGUGACACAGAAGGGCCGGCGGCAGGAGCAGGAGCGGGCGGAGGAGGGAGCAGGCCUGGAACUGCAGGAACGGCAGGAUCAGGAGGAGCGGGAGGAGCGGGAGGAGGAGGGAGCAGGCCGGGGACAGCAGGAGCGGGAGGAGCGGGAGGAGCGGGAGGAGCGGGAGGAGCGGGAGGAGGGGGCAUGCGAGGGGCGAUAGGCCGACCGGGGAGUGCGGGAGAGGCGGCGAUUGGAGGGGCAGGCGGGGGGGGCAUGGAGGUGGUGCAGGCGAAUCUGGACAUGGCUGAGCUGACGUUUGCGUUCCAGUCGAACCUGGCUCUGCUGGUGAAGGCUGAGAAGAAGAGGAAGGUGCAGAAGGAGGCGCUAAGGCAGAUUAUCCACUCCAAGGCGACUUACCACAUUCUCAGCUGGUUCACGAGUGAAGAGAGCACGGUGGACGACCAGCGGCUGUUUGCGGAGCUGGUGAAGGCGGUGAGGCAGGCGGCCAAGACGCGCAAGAGCUCCAUGCGCUGGCUGCAGAGCGCGCAGUGCUUCUACCCCGGAGAGGGCCGCCUCACCAACCGGCUCUCCAAGAUGCUGAGUGAGGAGCGCCCACUAGACGGCAAUGAACCUAAUGGAAUGCGUAUGGAGCCUUAG